UCGCCUACAAUGCUCAACUAGAAACAAUUACUCUAAGGCGAAAUCCAUCUCACGUUCCAACCUACGAAAAUGCAAUUGAAUGGCACGGUAACGAUGGCUGCCUCAUCUGAACCACCCGAGCCUCCACCUCGCAAUCCGGACAAGAUCAAUGCAUCACUCAAGCAGCUAGCCGAAUCGAAAACCCGUUCGCUGGAUACGGCCACCGAUAAGACAACCGCUCCGGCCACCGGUGCCCGACCAUUCCGGCCUAUCCUGUCGCUGGACAAUGCAAAGCCAUUAACGAAGCCAUUCGAAUCAUCUGGAACGCCCACGUCGGCACCAGCCUCGUCGUUUGCCAACAGUAACAGUAACAACAAUAACAAUGGCAGCAGUCACAACAGCAGCAUGGAAUCGAAUUCGACCAGCACAACCGGGGGUCCAAACUCGGGCACCGGAACCAGUGGAAGCAGCAUCAGUAGUUCCGGUGGAGGCGGAGGUGGUGACAAUGGCCCUGCUGCUGCUGCUGCUGAACUGGUGAGAGGUGGUUCCUCAGGUAGCGGAGUAAGUCCACCGGGUGAAGGCGGUGGAAUAGCUGGUCAAAUUGGUAACAAAUUGAACUCCGGUCAACAGCAGAUCUCGCCCACGCAGAGUGAAAAGAGCAGCACAGGUGGGAGCAAGGAGCAGUCCGGUGAUAAUUCGGGCGGCGAUAACCUGUUCAAGAACGGUGUGACAGAUCUAGGUGAGUCGAUAGUAUUGUUGGUUUAUUUGGUAACAUGUGGAGGUGGAGAAUUCCGUAUGAAUAUGAUUCAUUUUUCAUGAUCGUAA